CUGUUUUGUCGCUUUUCAAAGCACACUUUUACAUCGUGGAUCACAUUUGAUCUAUUGUUAUGUAUUAGGUCAUACUGACCGAAUUUUGUCGCUCAACUGUGUCGAUCGAGUAAACAAGAUCUUGCAAUUACGGCGGAAAUUGAAGAUGUUAAAUCAACUGAAUAUUUUUUGACACAAAAUAUCAAUUGACAGGUGAAGAGAGUAGAACGGGGGAAAUACGAUUGCAUUUUAAAUGCCUUUGGCUAAACUUACACAUGAUAUAUAGCAGUGAUUUGUACCUUUGGUUGGUUUUGCUCUAAAAUAUUGCUUAAAAGAGACCUAUAGAUAAACAGCGCUGAAUGUGGUGUUUUCAGAGCGGUUACACUGAUUGACAUACGAGUGUUUAGUGUGCGUUAGUGGCUUUCUGCGGGGGCCUGGAGGCAACAAGUAAGAAUGAUGAUUCUUUUUCGUGUCUAUUCUUUCUUUUGUAAAAAUGCGACAGUUUCGACGAAAGUGCGGUGUGUCAUUCCAAAAACUUAAAACUGUUGUUGAGCUUUUGUAGAACCCCUCCCGACCAGUGGAACGUUCCACCGUGACGUCAACAGGUGUCAACAAGUUUGGUAUCGCUGCGUUAUAUUUGCAGACGAAAAAAAAUGGCCUCGAACGCAAUCAGCGACAUUACCGACGAAUUUCUCGUCUGCCAGGUGUGUCUUGAGGACUUUAAGCAGCCUAAGAUGCUGCCGUGUCUUCACACCUUUUGUCAGCCGUGUUUGGAGAGGCUCCUGACCACAGAGCCAGUAGGGAAACUGGAUUGUCCAACAUGCCGACAGGACGUGCCCCUCCCAGAAAAUGGCGUCCAGGGGCUGAAGUCCAACUUCCUCGUUGGUAAACUGCGCGAUAUUCUGCAACAACAGCCGAAAGGAGAAACUUCCGAGGCGAGGGAGGAUGGAGUCCCCUGUACGGUCUGUGAGGCCGGGAACUCCGCUCAGUUCUACUGUGUGGAGUGUCCCGACUACCUGUGUCAGACGUGUAACGAUAUGCACGGACGGUUCAAAGCUAAUCGGUCCCACAAAGUUGUAACAGUUCAAGACCUGCAAUCCGGCAAGGCUGCCGCCGAGCUCCGGGCAAGGGAGACCUCCAAGUGUGAGGAUCACCAAGAACUGAACAAGUUCUACUGUGACACCUGUCACCGGGUCAUCUGUCUGCACUGUGUGGUAACGGCGCACAAAGAUCACCAGUAUGUGGAGAUAGAGAAGGCGUCUGAGAGGGAGGGGGCAAAUAUCAAGGCAAAACUGGCGAAAGUGAAAAACACAGCAGACCUCCAUCAGAACUGGAUACAAGACUUGCAGUCAGUAAAGGACGAGUGGUCUUCAGAGGUACAGCGGGCAGAAGAGCAGAUCAGAAAACAAGUCAACUCGAUCAUGGAGGCCGCGAAGAAGGUGGGAAACGACAGAAUCGCUCAGCUUCGCGCCAUGAACGCCGCUCGGGAGAAACAGAUGGAAGCAGCCAUGGAGGCAGCUGAGAUGGACCUGGCCUCAGUAAGGAGCUGUGUCCAGUUCACGGACAACGUGUUGGAGUACGGGAGCCCGGCGGAGCUCAUGUCGGUGGCCGGAGAACUGACCGAACGGUUGGACCAAACCGCGGACGAGAAAAAAGCCGACAAGGCUGAGAUGACCAAAGACUUGGUGAACUUGACAGUCGAACCUUCGACUUAUAACGUUGAUCAGGAAGUGUCCAAACUUGUCGGUGAGAUCAGGAAAACAUUAAUCCCGAUGUUAUCUUCACCUCCAACGUUAACUACGCAGGUGCGACACAAUAUGGUGAUCGGUAAGGACGCCGGAGCUCUAAAACGCAUUAAAGUUGUAGGGGAGAACAGACUUGGACAGUCAAAUCAUCUGACGUCGCUUGCUGUCACAGCAGAGGGAGACAUUGUAGCAACUGAUCAUGGCAACUCACGUCUGCAAUUUUUGGGCAAAGAUGGGUCUUUCAAGAAGAAAGUCGAUCUCAAAUUUAAGCCAUGGUCUGUGGCGGCACUGACAAACGGUGAGCUGUUGGUGACAGGAGACGGACACAAGAUUCACGUACUGGACAAACAGGGGAGGGAGUCACGUGUCAUCCAGGUGACAGGGGCUGCAGAGACAGGUGCAAAUACGACAGGUAUCGCGGUUGACGGUUUAGGACACAUCAUCGUCACAAUCGGGCACCAGGUUUUCAAACUCUGCCCCAGCGGUGACGUCAUGAUGAGGAUUGGGAUCAAAGAUCAAGGUCAGCAGUAUUUUGGCUCCUCCCUCCGUGUGGCCGUCAACAGCAGGAACCAGAUCAUUGUCAGUGAUUGGCGCAAGAACAAAAUGAUGAUGUUUGACCCUUCAGGUCGCCAUCUGUUCACGUGCGGCUCACGUGGCUCCGGACCUGGUCAGCUGCACGAUCCCCACUGUGUCAUAACGGACAGCGAGGACGACAUCAUCGUGGCUGACUUUUGGAACCACCGUGUUUCCCUGUUCAGUCGGGACGGCACGUUUAUCAGGCACUUGCUGACACAGACUGAACACGGUCUGUGCUAUCCAAUGGGGCUGGCAUUGACUUACGACGGACAUCUGAUUGUUUCUGAGAACAAUACAAUCAAUUUUUUCAUGUAAAACGCAAUUUGAAGACAUCCACACGUACUUAAUCCAUACUUCCAAUCUAUGCAAGAUUUUAAUGUCUCCAAAAUGUUUUUUCUUAAUGUCAUAUGCACCCGUGUCAGUAAGACGUCAUUUGAUUUGAUUGUUCAAUUUAA